UGGGCUCUUUUGUUUCUCUUCGCUUUCCUUCUCUCUUUCUCUGUUUCAAACUUCUCGCUCGUGUUUCUCGACGCGGAAAUCUUGGAGAGCUUUUGGAAAGCAGCCGCCUCCCGCCCUCAGUCCCUCCCCUCCUCCUCCUCCUCUUUUUCCCUGCGUGUGUAAUUAGUUGGACAGCGUUUGGAAACUUGUGAUGGACCGGAGAGAAAUCUCACUUUAUUUCUGACACCUGUUGCUGAGGACACCGCGCGCACAGCCGUACACAGCGAGGAGCGCGUGCUACUGACUUCCUUACUUUGUUUCUACGUUUUUACGUUUCUACCUGACAAGUUGGGACUUUGUGGACAGUGACAGGUCCACGGACCGCCGGGGGCUGCGUUAAACAUCUGCACGGUCCCACAAACCGACUUUCUGUGGCUCAGACCAGGACUUGGCUGUGGUAUUUUUUCUGCGAAGGUGAUUGAACAGUGAAAAUUAGGCCGUCCUGUUUCAAGAACAAAGUGAACCUUGGAAGAAUUUGUAUGUGUCAUCUAGUGAGCUGCUGUGGGAUCUGUCUGGAGGGUUACCCCCUUCAAUAAAAAACACCGACCUGUUUCUAGUUUCCCAGCCGGACUGAGAGUCACACUUUUCGGAUUGGAGCGCUUCGGGUGGUCUGAGGAGAAAGUUUUCAACAACUGGGCUCGAGCUCAUCAGACAAGCAAAGCGCUUCCCCAAACACCGGCUGUGAGGCGGUGACGCGGCGGACCAUGGACAACAGGCCUGUCCGGAGAAAGCGAACCGGUGCUGCCCGACAUCUGCUGCUGGCAGCCGCCUUCCUCGCCUGCAGCUCCCAACUGCUGGUGGUGGAUGCCAACUCAUGGUGGUCACUAGCUCUGACCCCAAUUCAGCGGCCAGAGAUGUACAUCAUUGGAGCUCAGCCUCUCUGCAGUCAGCUGUCUGGACUCUCUCAGGGCCAGAGGAAGCUCUGCCAGCUGUACCAGGACCACAUGAUCUACAUUGGAGAUGGAGCCAAGACUGGCAUCAAGGAGUGCCAGUACCAGUUCAGACAGAGGAGGUGGAACUGCAGCACCGUGGACAACACGUCUGUGUUUGGACGUGUCAUGCAGAUCGGCUCCAGGGAAACAGCCUUCACCUACGCCAUCAGCGCGGCUGGCGUGGUCAACGCCAUCAGCCGGGCGUGCCGCGAGGGCGAGCUCUCCACCUGCGGCUGCAGCCGUGCCGCUCGACCCCGUGACCUGCCACGGGAUUGGCUUUGGGGUGGCUGCGGCGACAACGUGCAUUACGGCUACCGGUUCGCCCGCGAGUUUGUGGAUGCCAGGGAGAGGGAGAAGAAUUACCCACGUGGGUCACCUGAGCAUGCCCGAACACUGAUGAACGUGCAGAAUAAUGAAGCAGGGAGACAGGCGGUGUAUAACCUGGCUAAUGUGGCCUGUAAGUGUCACGGCGUCUCGGGUUCCUGCAGUCUGAAGACAUGUUGGCUCCAGCUGGCCGACUUUAGACGUGUCGGAGAGUUCCUGAAGGAGAAGUACGACAGUGCUGCUGCCAUGCGCAUUGGACGCAAGGGAAAGCUGGAGCUGGUCGACAAACGCUUCAACACACCGACCCCGGAGGACUUGGUCUACAUCGACCCCAGCCCGGACUACUGCCUCCGCAACGAGACCACAGGCUCCCUGGGCACGCAGGGCCGUCUCUGCAACAAAACCUCGGAGGGCAUGGACGGCUGCGAGCUGAUGUGCUGCGGCAGAGGAUACGAUCAGUUCAAGACCUACAAGCAUGAGCGUUGCCACUGCAAGUUCCACUGGUGCUGCUACGUCAAGUGCAAACGCUGCACGACGCUCGUGGACCAGUUUGUGUGUAAAUAGCACGCUGACGGACGACAGACGGAUGAAAACGGAGGAGAGGGGGACAGUGGCGGGACAGUGGGAUGAUGGAGGGUGAAGGAUUUAUGAAAGGAAGGGGAUUUUUCAGGGUUUUGUUCAGGAUGAGUUAAGACAAUAAGUUCCAUUUUUCCUUCUCACCUCCAAAGAUUAAUCUCCUACCUUUUCACACCAAGUGCACAAGCUGCAUAACACCUGUGUGGCCAUUUUUUGUGUGUAAACAGCAGAAUGAUGAGUUGAUAAAUGAGGAAGAACAACAGAUGGAUGGGAGGAGAAACAAAAGUAGGAAGCGAGGAGGAAGUGGACGCCCUCCACAUUUUUCAGACGACUCUGAGAUUUUGGGUUUUCCCACCACUCCGCCAUCGCUUUCUGCUUUUCUGUAAAAUAUCCUGAUCACAACCCUGAAGGAAAGAGGGAUGGAAGGAAGGAAGGACAAGCAAAACAGAUGAACGAAGAAUGGCAUCAAGGAUGAAUGGUGGAACAACUGGAUCCUAACAAAGGGGGACACAUAUGAACAGUGUGAGGUGAUAACGAGGAAAUGAGAAAUGAAAUAAAUAUAUAAUUAAAUAAUAAAUAAACAUACAAAUCUGUUUGUUAUUUAAAAAGACUCAAAGCCUGAGACACAGUUUGGACCCAUAAAACUCCUGUUUACCUGUUUGGCAAGUGGGAAUGGAGCCAUUUGAGUGCUGACUGAGUGGUGUCACCAAGACCUUUUGACCUUUAACCCUGCAAGAGAAAUAUUCACAUACGUGGGUUGUGCUGACGCUGCCAAACACACCUGCAAUACGUACAGGAAUGCAAAAAGAAGACCAGACCGAAACAGACGGAGGAGAGACAACAGAAGAGGAAUCACUUACCAGGGGUACAAAUGAAAAAUUAAUGGAGGGAAUCAAGAAAAAGGGAAAAAGUCAAAUAAAUUUAAAAGAAGAAUAAAAAGAGGAGGUUUAUUUUGCAACAAAUUCAGGAGACAGUAUCACAAAGCUACACAGCUGAUUGGAAAACUCAAGCACAGGGAUAUCUAGCUGUAGAUCUCAGCUCAAAAAUGCAAUAAAGUGCAGCAACAACACUUAAUCUUCAAGUCAAAACGGACUAAUGACUUACAGCACACACUCUCCAUUUGUCUCAGUGUAACUACUGCUGUUCCUUGUAUUACCAGAGCAGAUUUCCAGUGCCUGUGACCUGACAAGUGCCUGUGCAGGUUAAUGAGGCUCGCCGGUUGCAGCCAUCUUGACACGCUGGCUGUUUAAAGAAGCAGCUCACACCGGCAGUCCGGCUCUGUGACCUUCAUCUGACAGUGAAGCGAGCGAAACCUCUAUUAGUGAGAUUAAUGUGCUGUAUCUGGCUGAAUGAACCCGCACUAAGAGACACGUUCACUGUGAGUGGACCUCUUCAUCUCAUGUUGUUAUGCAACUUAUUAAGUCAACAAAAAGCCCUGUGGUGUCGAUUUGGCAGUUUUGCCAACAAUUUAUACAACAUUUUAUAACACUGUUGUACCUGGAUUUUUACAAUUUGUGUAGGUUGGGUUGAGAAUAUUGUAACUUUAUUAUACAAUACAAUUGAUGGACAAAGUGGACAGAAGAGGAUUGAACAUGCUGUGGAAAAAUGAAUGUGUGAGCACGGAAAAACAGAAAGGACUGCAAUUUAUUACGGGCUACUUUUAAAAAAUACUAGAUCAGAAAAGAAAGUAUAUUUUAUUAUUGUUUUUCAUUCUCUGUUUUCUAUGUUUUAUACGUGAGUAUUACUAUGUAUUCUUUUGAUAAACUAGUCUUCGACAAUGA